GCUGGGCACCGGCUCCGCUCCCGCGUCGGCCCGCGCUCCAGCUGCGCCCGGCCCGGCCCCGGCCUGGCUCGGCCCGGCCCCGGCCUGCGAGCGAAGGCGCCGCUGCCGCCUGGGCCGCUCCCAGGGCCAUGAGGAGGCGGCGGCAGCCACUGCGGCCCGCGUCAAGGUGACCGGCCGGGACUGCAGCGGCGGCGGCGAGAGCGGGCGCGGCUACUGUUUGGAAAGAGACGUGCUGGGAUGGUAUAUCCUGUUGGCCUGGGAUUAUGAAGCCCCACAUGUAUUCCUGGACUUCUCCAGACAGGUUAUGUCACCGACGGAGGCUGCCCUGAAGCUCCCUGUGGCCCGGAGACUAUGUACAAGAGGAAUGGUCUGAUGGCUAGUGUGUUGGUCACCUCCGCCACUCCACAGGGCAGCAGCAGCUCAGACUCUCUGGAGGGCCAGGGCUGCGACUAUGCCAGCAAGAGCUACGAUGCCGUUGUCUUCGAUGUCUUGAAAGUGAGUCCCGAGGAGUUUGCUAGCCAGAUCACGUUAAUGGACAUACCUGUGUUUAAAGCCAUCCAGCCGGAGGAACUAGCCAGCUGUGGAUGGAGUAAGAAGGAGAAACAUAGUCUCGCCCCCAACGUUGUGGCCUUUACCCGGAGGUUUAACCAGGUCAGUUUUUGGGUUGUACGAGAAAUUCUAACAGCACAGACUUUAAAAAUAAGGGCAGAAAUCCUGAGCCAUUUUGUGAAAAUAGCCAAGAAACUUCUAGAACUCAACAACCUUCAUUCUCUCAUGUCUGUGGUAUCAGCAUUACAAAGUGCACCCAUCUUCAGGCUGACAAAAACCUGGGCUCUUUUGAAUCGAAAAGACAAGACAACCUUUGAGAAACUGGACUACCUGAUGUCUAAAGAAGAUAAUUACAAGCGGACCCGGGAAUAUAUCCGAAGCCUGAAGAUGGUUCCAAGUAUUCCCUAUCUAGGGAUCUAUCUUCUGGAUUUAAUCUACAUUGAUUCUGCAUAUCCUGCCUCAGGCAGCAUCAUGGAAAACGAACAAAGAUCCAAUCAGAUGAACAACAUUCUCCGAAUAAUCGCUGAUUUACAAGUUUCCUGCAGCUACGAUCACCUCACAACCCUGCCCCACGUGCAGAAGUACCUGAAGUCUGUACGCUACAUCGAAGAGCUCCAGAAGUUUGUGGAGGACGACAACUACAAACUGUCACUCAGAAUCGAACCAGGAAGCAGCUCUCCGAGACUGGUCUCUUCCAAGGAAGAUCUUGCAGGGCCUGCCACAAAGGACAUGGUCUUAGCGGCGGGCACUGCUGUCUUGGGGCCUCCAGGUGACAGUCAGUUCGUUGAUGCUUCCUCAGGCCCCUCCACUGGCUCCAGUUCCGCGAGGUUCAGCCGGCGGCCCACCUGUCCCGACGCGUCUGUUGCUGGCAGCCUCCCCACACCCCCUGUCCCGAGACACCGGAAGAGCCACAGCCUGGGAAACAAUAUGAUGUGUCAGUUGAGUGUAGUUGAGAGUAAAAGUGCGACAUUCCCAUCGGAGAAAGCGAGACACCUGCUGGACGACAGUGUCCUAGAGUCUCGCAGCCCCCGCAGGGGCCUCGCCCUCACCUCCUCCUCUGCUGUCACCAAUGGACUCUCCCUAGGCAGUAGUGAGAGCUCAGAGUUUAGUGAAGAGAUGUCUUCAGGGCUGGAAAGCAGGGGACGUCUCUAUGCCACCCUGGGGCCCAACUGGCGCGUUCCAGUGCGGAAUUCUCCCCGGACCCGGAGCUGCGUCUACAGCCCCACGGGCCCGUGCAUCUGUACGCUGGGGAGCUCAGCCGCAGUGCCCACCAUGGAGGGUCCUCUGAGGAGGAAAACUCUGCUCAAGGAAGGACGGAAGCCCGCGCUUUCCUCGUGGACCAGGUACUGGGUCAUCCUCUCGGGAUCCACCCUCCUGUACUACGGAGCCAAGUCCUUGCGGGGCACGGACAGAAAACACUAUAAAUCCACACCCGGCAAAAAGGUCUCCGUUGUGGGCUGGAUGGUGCAGCUUCCUGAUGACCCCGAGCACCCCGAUAUCUUCCAGCUGAAUAACCCUGACAAAGGCAAUGUUUACAAGUUCCAGACUGGUUCCCGGUUUCAUGCAAUACUGUGGCACAAGCAUUUGGACGAUGCAUGUAAAAGCAACAGGCCUCAGGUACCUGCAAACCUUAUGUCAUUUGAAUAAGUCUCUGCAGGACUUGGCGUGACUUCAGAGGCUUCUGGGAGCCCAGCCUGGGACUGGUGGCGAAGUGCAUGUCCUGGGCACGGGCUUUUGGCCAGGGUGCUGGGUGACUCACAGCCGGACUCACGGGGACUCGGCCUGCGGCCUCACGGUCCAGCGGGCUCUGCCAGUGCAGCGUCCACCUACACCAAUCCCCAGCGACUCUCAUGACACUCAUUCUUCAGCGCCACCCCGCAGGGCCGUGGCUGGGCCCCAGACUGUGCACCCCACCACCCUCCCUCUCUGGGCCCUCGUCCGUCCACCAACUGCUGCUUCGAUCAGAGAGCAUCCGGCCCACGUUGGGUCCCCCGUGCUUCCUCCCGGACAAGAGUGGACAGAGUUCACCUGCAUGAGGGGCCAGAGAGAAGGAACAGACUAUGGAGUUGGCUUUUUAUACCCCAAGUGCACGGGGUCGCUCGCCCACAGGGCUGCCUCAGAUUUUGUACAACCCCCCCAAGCGUCCUCUGCGUGUGUGUGCCGUGUACGUGUGCGAGUGAGUGUGAACUCUUCAAGAAACAUGCAUUUUGGCACAAGACGUGUGACAUCACACCCUUCAUUCGCUUUGAGGCCCUGCUUUCACCUUACGUGAUAGCCUUGUCCACCGAGGAAGGUCAGAGUGAGAGCCCAGAUUCCUAUGUUAAGGGUCCCUUGCAUUCUUUUACUGUAAACAAACAAUGCCUUAAAUUGUGUCUUGUUUUCUGUUCCUAUGGGUGCUAUUCAUCUGGAAGGCCUGCUGUCUGGGCCCCCGGGUCCCCUCCCGGCCUUGUUGCUGUUGGCUCUUCUGAGACAGGACCCGGCUUUAGGACUGUGGACUGGGCUGGCCUGCUCGCUUCCUCCCACCCCUCUCCUGCAGGGUCUGAAAGCCCUUGUCUUCUCACCCCUGGACCAUGCCAGAGGGGGAAAUUGUGACACUUUCUCCCAGCUUCCUCAGAAGCACUCGGAGGCCGCCACGCUCACAGAGAACGGCUGCGCAGAAGCCCCUGUGCACCAGCCUCUCCCCGCAGGCCAAGGCUUUGCUCCCAUCAUCUACUGCCAGGGCGGGGCCCGCUGGGAUUCCUGGUUACACUGGGGAGCUGAGUGACACUGAGGCCUUAAGCUCCCCCCAAUCUUGCCCCCAAACGCAGUCACCAGCAAGUUCUCCACAUCCAAGUCCAAGGGCACAAUUGUCAAUGAUUAUGGUGACCAGAGAGCAAAGCCCUGGGGAGUGAAUGGUCCCAGCUCUGCAUUCAGUUAAGAGCUCUUCACAUGAACAAUGUCCUUUUAUCUGUCACUGUUUGUCUUUUUAGUGACUUUUAUUUUGCACAAAUACAUUUUUAUUCAAAAUAAUGAAUAAAAGUUAGCUUUAUUUACGGUAGUUUUAUCACCAGAGCUUCUCUCUCCCCUUCCCUAAUCUGGGUGUCCAAAUUCUGAGAAGGAAACCCUGAAAUGGUUUUCUGAAUUCCCUGGGUCCUCGUUGCUAUCAUGGUUUCAGAGCUCACACUGACCAGACAUCAAACCACCCUUAAGAGUUUCUGGGCGAGAUGCUUCAAAACAACAUCUUACCCAGUAAACAGUGUUGGUAAAUUUAAAAACUACCAAAGGACCCACCACUGUCUUUUGAGCAAAUGGUGACAACUUUUCUGAAAAUUCUAAUGAAUCGGUGAGGAAAGUAGUUGCCAUCAGCGUCUUAUUUUAUGGUUGAGCCUUAGUGUGCUCAGUAACUAGCCCUUCUGUGGAGCAAAGUCUUGAAUACUUCUGUGCCGGGAGAGACUCCAGAUGGUAAAUUGGUGCCGUCCAACCUUAGCUGUGAGCGCUCCGCCCACCGGCACACAGACGGGGUCCGGAUGCGCACACCUAAUUCAUACCAAUGACUACUCAGAUUAGCAUCUAGAGGCUGAAAGAAAACACCAAACACUCCAACACCUCUCACUAGAACCAUUCAGGUCAACGCUUUAACCUACAUUGAAUCUGCUUCUACCGGUUAAUAUUUUUUAAGUCUUAAGUUUGGAUGGAAGCGUUAAGACUGGAAAAUCAGCCACGGACUUUCCUUGGGUUUCUCCACUCUUCAACUGUCCUGGCUCUUCUCACAUGAAAUGCUAUAGAUGUCAAUCCAAAACACUCAGAAUUUCAGGCUCCACUAAAUCAGAUCAUUUUCUGCGCUUUAUAAAAUUUCUUCCUCUCUCACAAAUGUUUCCUUCUGAGCUGAAUUUGAAAUAGCACAAUUGUAAUUGUUUUCCAAAUGUCUUCUCACCCAUUGAGAUGGAUCCCACAUCCCCUCCUAGAAACAUUCUUAGCUUGGAGUUUUGAAGAAUCUGCUUAGACCUUGUUGGCAAAGGCCUUCAGAACUGGUAAGAACCUUGAACAUACCAGAAAAGUCCUGGAGACAGGCUGAAAGGUGCCUGGGCUCUCCCAGCAGGGGCACGGGGCCAAACACGUAAGUGCAGAUUGUCUUCUCAGCAUUGGUUUGUCUCUCAAGCAGCAGGUGAGAAGGUCCUCAGGCUGGGACAGAAGAGACCAGGCACAAACCCCAAAAGGAAGAAAUCCAUGGGUGGAUUCUCACCCUGGAGGGAAACGUUUCUAGUUUUUGCUUCUUGACUGUCCAUAAUGCACAAAUGUUUGUGAAACCAUUGAAGGUGAUAUGUCUUACAUGCAUGUGCUGAGGUGUUUUUUUUUUGUUUUUUUUUUUUGAGCAAAUAGAUCAUGGCACCCCAGAAUGAAAAUUGCAGACUGCUUUCUACAAAUUGUGGAAUAGGUAGUUGGUAGCAUUACAAUGCCCCAAGAACAGCUCAUCUACCUCUCCCUGGGAAUAAUUUUCGCCCCUCUCGGUUGGAAUGUGUCUUAUAACUCAAGGUCAGCCAAGUGCAUUCUAACAACUGAAAUGCUUCAUGGAGGAUUGAUUCAGUGGAGAGCAGUAGACAUAAUAUUCUGAAUGUGCCCAGUGAGAGAGUGUGGCCUCCCUUUCUUUCCCUGAAGAAGCCCAUACAUCACCCAUUUGUGGAACCUAAAGCGGAAGAUACUUGAAGGCAUUCUGUUUAGGAAAGAACCCACUCUCUUGCCAACUGAAUUUAUAAAGCAUUAUUUUCCUUACCAAGAUGGCCAGUAUUUCUUUCAUUAUCUUCCUCUCCCACCUCCCAAGCCCAAGAUGUGUAUCUUUCAGGAUGCCAUUUUACAAGUGGAAAACAAUCCAUGAAAAUGGGAAGCCUUUCGCAAGGGAGGUCUGAUUUCAUUCCACAGGUGGGGUCUACAGCUCUACACCCACAUUACUGAUGCUCAUAACAAGGUGAACAUUGCUAAAAACACAGUCUAACUUAUUUUGUGUGACUUCAUGAAUGACUUCAAUCAGCCCUACAUCGUACUGACGUGUUGGGUGAUUUCAUAUAUUAAAAAGAAAAAAAAAAAACUACAAGAAUCUCUUCGAAAUAACAUUCUCUGCACAAAACCACUCAUUCGUUCAUUCAUUCAUUCACUCACAUCUCUAGUGAGUGCUUCCUGUGUGCCAGGCUCUACCAGGGAUAUACUGUAAAUGGCUGAGAACAAGCAGACCCAAUCCUUGCCCUCGCGGAGCUGACCACUCAACGAACAAAUAAUCCUCAACAUGGCAUCUCCUCUGGCAAGACCCUGCCUCUCUCCUAACACUGGGUUAAACACCCUGCGCAGAUUCCUCCAGAAAGGUUUCAAAAUGCUCAACGGACUGGACAGCCUCUUGCUCUGCGAGUUUGGUUGCAACGAGAACUAGAUGGAGUCGUCGUCCUAGAGGCUGGUUGGCGCAGAACACCCAGGCACAGGGCUACGGCUGGGCAUGCUGAGGACUCUUGAGGUGGAAUGAGAGAGAAGGGUCGGAAUAUUCACAGUAUUCACUUCAGAGGAUUUUUGGUUUUAAAUUUCACGGUUAGAUGCAAGUACAGCAUGAGCGAGAGCUGCAUUUUUGGGGCGUUGAGAACUUGUACCACGGACCACGUUGGAGUCCCGUGUUGCACAAGUGUGUGUAUACUGUGUGCAGCCCCCAAAUCCCUUUUUGCAGCAGCAACGUGAUGGGUCAUCUGUCUGUUCUCUAAUCAUUAAUCUCUUCUUUUUCAUUUCUGAACGACUGUGACCAUUCAGUAAUGAAAUAUUAGUAAUUAAUUUAUUAGUAUGGUAUGAUCUUUAAUAAAUUUCGUGCCAAAAUGCAUGGUUUUUCAAUUAGCAUUCAAAAUGUUGCGUAGAGAGUAGUUUUCAAUUUCUUAUGUAUCCUGCAAAGUAAGUUGAAAAUCAGUUUCUACAUUUUAAUUCGUUUCUUGUUAAAUCUGUUGCACUCUCCUGGGCUGUCUUUUUUCUUUUCUUUCCCCCCAGCGGAACCCCUGCAUGCAGUUGUGUAAGGACUUUCUCUAAUUCUUGUGAAUUGUCUCACCCGCAAUAACCACUGAACAUCAGCCCCCUGUGGGAUUCUUUAGAUUUUUGGUGAAGUAUUUUGUUACCUCAGUCUUGUAUCAAGUUGCUGUAUUUUUCAGCUUGUUACACUGAUAAUAAUUGUUUCACUAAUUAAAUACUUUAAUGUACAAACAUCUUUGUUUACUUUGAAAUUAAAUGUGUUUUCCAAUGAA